GCGAGAUGUUGAGUUGACCAACAUUUUGGCCGAAUCCUUUCGUGUCCAGCCCACCACUCACCAAAUUUCACGACGAGAAGUGCUUCUGGUUCCCGUUGCUCGCAACCAUCCUGCGCUGGAUGCUGUUGCCUUCUCGCCCGCCUUUAUUUCUUCGUUUCUCUAGACUUCUUGUUCCCACGCAUUUGCUCUCGGCCGUCCCAAGACACAGCAGUCCCGUCACCAUGGACGGGCUUCGAGUGAGGAUGUCUGCUCUAACACCUUAUGCAAAGAAGCACAAGGUCACCGUGAUCGGUUCUGGAAACUGGGGAUCGACUAUUGCCAAACUUGUGGGAGAAAACACACUAGAACACCCUGAGCUCUUCGAACGGGAGGUGCAGAUGUGGGUUUAUGAAGAGGAGGUUGAACUGGACAAGAAAUCAAAACACUAUGACGAGUCCUCCGAAUUUAGCAAAGGAAAACAAAAGCUGUCGACGCUCAUCAACGCCUUCCACGAGAACGUUAAAUACCUCCCUGGAAUUGCUCUACCUCCCAACGUCGUUGCCAAUCCGAGCCUGGUCGACUCAGUCAAGAACUCUACUAUUCUGAUCUUCAAUCUCCCUCACCAAUUUAUUCUCAACCUAUGCAAACAGCUCCGUGGCCAUAUCCUACCCUUCGCUCGAGGCAUCUCGUGCAUCAAAGGUGUCAACGUCCACGAAUCCUCCAUCAGCUUAUUUUCCGAGACUAUUGGAGCGGAACUGGGGAUAUACUGUGGUGCCUUGUCUGGAGCAAAUAUUGCCAGUGAAGUGGCCCAAGAGAAAUUCAGUGAAACUACAGUUGCAUACGACCCGCCAUUGAUGGAUUCACAAUCACCUACACCUGCCACAUCACAAGGCCCCAGCCCAGCUUCAAGCCAUGUUGAUUUGACAAAAUUGGUACACAAGGACGUCUCCGGCAAUCCAUCCAAGGUCCAGCUCAAGCCGCUCCCUGCCGAAUAUCACUCAAUCGACCAUGAUACGUUGAAGAAACUGUUUCACCGGCGCUACUUUCACGUGCGAGUAGUCUCUGACGUAGCUGGUGUAUCUCUGGGUGGUGCUUUGAAGAACGUCGUCGCCGUUGCUGCUGGCUGGGUUGACGGUUUGGGCUGGGGCGACAAUGCCAAGGCAGCAGUUAUGCGAAUUGGUCUGCUGGAGAUGAGAGAGUUCGGAAACAGAUUCUUCCCUCAUACGAUUCAGUCUGACACAUUCACGGUCGAGUCGGCAGGGGUUGCAGAUUUGAUCACCUCGUGUUCUGGCGGCCGCAACUUUCGGUGCGCCAAAAUGAGCAUCCAGGAGGGCAAAUCGAUCGAGGAGAUUCAGGAAAGGGAGCUUAAUGGGCAGAAGCUUCAAGGAGCAUUGACUGCCCAUGAAGUCAAUAAAUUCCUCCGGUACAAGGGAAUGGAGAAGGACUUCCCUCUUCUUACUGCUGUAUACAACGUCCUGGAAGGCAAGGAGAAGGCCGAGCAUCUUCCUGAUCUGAUCGAACCAGAAGACGAGUAAGUUCCGACGCCAUUGUUUCUGCAUGUGUUUCUCUCUGCGUGGCCGGGAAAUUUGUUUUGCCGAAGCUGGCAGAACUUUGUCUGGGAACACCGGAGAAUCUUGGUGUUGCGUUACAAGUAUGACAUGAUACCCAGCGACAGCAAUGGAUGGGUUGAAUGGUAUGAUCUAUUGGUCUAUGUAUGAAUAUAGCCACCUCAGGGACAGACGAAUGCUCCCCUGCAGGAAGACAAUCGCCUAGGUGUCAGGUGAUAAGAUGAUCAAACGCUGCUGGGAACCAGACCAGAGACUUGAUAAAUGAACACUCUUGUUUGAUUUUGUA